UCGUGCACGUCAACAGCAGACGGACACAGUCUCGCACACACAAGGCGAGCCAACAUGGAGCCCAACGCGACUAUUCUGCGUGUCAAGAGAAAGCGGGGCACCGACCCCGCGGACGCCUUGCUGCUAGCCUGCAAGCGUAUCCGACCGGCGGAGACGUCCCAGGGCCCCAGCGAGGUGGCCCCGGAGCCCGGCGAGGCGGAGGUGGAGAAGUCUGUCUUUAAACUCGUGGUCACCGUAGCGACACAGGAUGCUCCGGUCCAGACGCAGGUCCGGCAGGCCCUGGCCCGGCCCCGCAUGGCCCACGCCCUGCGCCCCUCCGCCAACAGCUCACAGCGCAUCUUUGGCGACCUGCGGAGCACCAAGUGUGGUGUUCGCCGGGAGGAGCGCUACAGAAUACUCUCCAGCCACCGCGCCGGCCUGUCGCUCCCGGCACAGCGCCGGAACCAGCAGACGGGCGACGGGGUGGAGGAUGGCAGCGGUGGCGAGAAACGGGACAAAUGUUUGGGUGUGGGGGAAAUCCAGGUGGUUGAUCUGGUGCAUGAGGAUCUACCAGACCAGGGCAAAGCUCUCGGCAAGACGCAGUCCUCAGACCCUGACGUGAUCCUCUGCAACAACACAAAGAUGCUGCGAGAGCGUCUCAGCAUCUCUGCGGACGCUCCAGAGGCGGCGGAAGAACGUCCGGACCAGGAGGAAGACUACGUGUACGACCUUUACUACCAGGAAAUGGUCACGCCCGGAUGGAUCCAGGACAUCCUGUCUGUCAGCGCCUACGCAGACGAGGGAGAACUGGUGCCCGACCUGGUGACUCACGAGGAGGAGGUGUAUGAAGACGAGGAUGAUGGGAACGAGGAAGGCAACUGGAGGAACGACUACCCCGACGAAGAGAGUGACGAGGACAGCGACAGAGAGGAACGCUACGGCGGUUACUGGGAGGAGGAGCACUCGUACAGCCGCAGGAGCUGGCAGUGCUACCAGAGGGAGGUGCUGCAUGAGCUUGGCUGCCAUGACGACAACCACGAGGAUGAGGAGGAUGAUGACGCAGACGGGAGCAAAUACGAUUCCAAUUGAUUCCUGCAUCACGUCGCUUUCUGUGACCUGUAUGGCGAGCCAUGAGGACCUUCACGCUUCCAGUAGCACGUCUCUCACGCCCACCCACACCCACCCUGUGUGCCGUGAUUCCAUAAUUCACGUUCCUGCAGUCAAGCUAACAAUCAUUCCCUCAAAGCGGCAGCGAGAAGGUCUUCUGGCUGCGAUCCAUUUCGCUCUUUGCCA